CAUCGACGAGAUACGUACGCAGAACUCAACGAUAGAGGGGCGACUACUUACUUAUUUUGUUUCACACGUACACCGUCGUCAACAUGGGUAAAGAUAAAAGAACAAAAAAGUUUGCAAUGAUGAAGCGAAUGAUUUCUCUCAAGGAUUCAAGAAUAAAAGAUACAGAUAAGAAUAAGCAAAAAGGAAAACCAGUCCCAAAAUGGAAGGAGGAGAAAGAGAAAAAACUUGUUGUCAAAGAAGUUCCACAAUACUCAUCUGCCCUUUUCUUCAAGUACAACACGCAGCUGGGGCCACCAUACUAUGUUAUCGUUGACACAAAUUUCAUCAAUUUUGCAAUAAAAAACAAAGUGGAUUUAGUUCAAGGAAUGAUGGACUGUUUGUAUGCAAAAUGUGUACCAUGUAUAACUGAUUGUGUUAUGGCUGAGUUAGAGAAACUUGGAAGGAAAUACAAUGUAGCACUCCGAACAGCUAAAGACAAGCGAUUUGAUAGGCUACCCUGCUUACAUGCUGGAACCUAUGCAGAUGAUUGUAUUGUACAAAGAGUCACACAGCAUAAGUGUUACAUAGUUGCAACUUGUGACAGAGAUUUGAAAAGAAGAAUUCGUAAAAUACCUGGAGUGCCAAUCAUGUACAUGUCACAACACAGAUUUACAAUAGAACGGAUGCCAGAUGCGUUUGGAGCUCCCAAAGUAUAACAACUCAAGAAACUUGCAGAUGAACAAGUACACGUUGUGUUUGUAAGGAUCUUAAUCAUUAAGGUCAGGGUUCAUCUAGUGAUAUGUUACUUGUGCAGCACAGAGCUGCCUGGAACAUGUCCCGAGUACUGAGGUGCUGUAUUGACUCACUCAGCACACCGCUGCCUCAUGCCUGUGUGAGUACAAAGCCACCUAAAUGCCUGCAUCAGCUCUUUGCUACCUCACACCUGUACAGCAUGCAUUCCAAUAAGCGGAUAGUUACAUCAUACAAGUACUUCUUGAUGAUGACUGCGUAGCAUAAAUGGAUGACAGAAGUGUUUACUUGUCAUUUUUUUUUUUUUUUAAUCUAAGACAUGUUGGACCUGAUUUUAAGUUGUCAUAGCUGAGUAAGUGAUGUAUCCUGUUAGAGGGCAGUAAAAAAAAAUUCAUUAGUACAGUAUUCUCAAUCUAUGGUUUUCAUCCAGUUUACUUAAUCUCUGCCCACUGUAUAAAACAUUUGACCAAAAUAAGAGUAUAGAAUGACAAGUGGUCCAAAUGUCUUGAUUUUGCAUGCACGCAAUGAACUGAAUAACAAUGUACUACUGUGAGAUAGGGGACGACCUAUUAGAAUUCGAAUAGAAUUUGAACAGGCUUUCUUGUAUGCACUUAUGCAUGUCUGAUAUGAACAACUUGUAUGUGUAUCUUCUUUUUUAAAGGAUGUCCUGUAGUUCAUGGUAGUAUGUAAAUUAAGAUUCCAUUUCAAGGGGAUUCUGACAGUCGGACUUGCCAAUUUAAUCUAUACUCUUUGAUUUAUCAUACAUUGUUGGUCUUGUGUGGUUUAAUGGAUAAUGAACAGAUGAAAAAGACAGUCGUGGUGUCAAAUAAAUUAUAUCAUAAUUUUA